AGUCGCCUUUGGCGCCAAAAGCAAGUGUUUUUUUUUGCUGCUGAGUUGAGCAGAUCUCACUUUUUUGGACCUUUUGUUGAUUCCUUUGUUUGUUUGUGAUGUUUUGUGAGAAAGCCGUCGAGUUGAUUCGAGAACUUAAGCGGAUGAAUGACGGACAACUUCCUGCCUUUAAUGAUGAUGGUGUGCGCCAGGUGCUGCAGGAGAUUGAGUCCUUGUACGACCAAAACCAGAGCGACGUUAACGAGACCAAAAGCGACCAGCGAGCAGAUUUGAUCCCCUCCAUCAGACUGCGUCACUGCUGCCUGCUGCGGAACCAACGCUGCGUCGCCGCCUACCUGUACGACCGCCUGUUGAGGAUCCGGGCUCUGCGCUGGGAAUACGGCAGCGUGCUCCCCGCCAGCGUGCGCUUCCACAUGAACGCGGAGGAGGUGCGUGCGACAUGUGAACGUCUCACGCGGAUGUCCACCACCGUUUCUCACAUUUAUGCGGGCUGUGUGCAGCUGCAGUGGUUCGCGUGCUACAAGAAGUCUCUGGCGUCGUUCAUGCGCUCUCUCGGAGGCGGCGGCGGGCUGGACAUCACUCAGGACAUGAAGCCGCCGAAGAGUCUUUACAUCGAGGUGAGAUGUCUGAGGGAUCACGGCGAGCUGGAGAUCGAUGACGGGACCGUAAUCCUCCUCAAGAAGAACAGUCAGGUCAGCUCUUCUUCUACGCCACGCUUGGCUUCUCCAUCACAAAGUCACGCCGCACUCUUCUGUCCACAGCACUUCCUGCCACGGUGGAAAUGCGAGCACCUGAUUCGACAAGGCGUCCUGGAGCACGUCAUGUCCUGAAGACUCUCACGCUUUCUUUUUUUUCUUCUUUUUUAAACUGAUGUGAAUAAAUGUUUGGCCACGAA